AUGGACAAAUACACUCGCUCCUCAAUUGCCUCCUCUUCAAGGUCUUCUGGCUCAUCGAGGCAGGCACCUGGCCAUGAGACACGGUUCAAUCACUCGCAAAGUCAUGCAACCAAGAAGACGCCGGCUCACGAACCCGAGAUCAUUGUGCUAUCUGACUCGGACGAGGAGUCACCGAGUGAUCAAACUCCCGUUGGAAGCCCUCGAGUUUACCACCGAAAAGCCGUUGAAUAUAGCACAGGAAAUGAUGCCAGAACAGCCACCGCCAUCGCUUUCCUCACAGGUACCGACACCAAUGCCACCGGCACCUAUCCUGGAGUCUCAAACUCUUGCGAACCCAUCAACGACAAGGUCGCCACACACUUCCUCAUCAAUGCCACUCGGGAUGGGGCGGCGGCAUCUACAGACAGUCUCAAAGCCAUACCCUCUGUCCGCAAUGUCAACACAGCCUUCACCACCAACAAGGUCGACACCACAUCCCCUAAGAACUCUCCUACCAAAACCAUCGAGGGAUCCGCGGCUGCCUUCGACUUCUAA